CUUAUACAAAGGUACGACAUUGACGUUAAUGACCCCUUGGUUAACCUAAUUCGCAAUAUAGGCGCAGUACACAUUGAAGACAAAACUCCAAGUAACAAAGAUGACAAGUCCAAUAAAAAUAUUACAAUAUAACGUACAAAGCCUUAAAAGUAAUAAAAACUAUGUAGACUUCUUUAACACUAGUAAUAACAUUGAUAUAGUCUGCCUUCAGGAAAUUUUUUCGCAUGACAACCAUACAACUCAACACAAUUUAAUGAACUUCAACUUACUCAGAAAGACUAGAAUCGAUGGAUAUGGUGGCGUAGGAAUCGGAUUUAAAAAAGCAGGAGACCUCAACGCUAGGCAUCAAGUGUGGGGAGACAGAAUAUGCAACACCAAAGGAAAAAUAGUUGUUGACGAAAUCAGGAACACCAAUCUCCAGUGCAUCAACAGUGGAGCAAUCACUCACCGCACCGGUAACAGUGCAGGAACGGCAAUUGACAUAACUCUGACCAACAUUAACAGCAGUUACACAAAAUGGCACUGUCAACAAGUCCAUUUGGGAGGCAGUAAGCAUUUCCCCAUCAUCGUUGAGGUCACUAAUAGCAGCAAAAAGCCCAACUAUUUCAUCCCCAAGGAACGACUCGCCCAGGAACUUGCUCAGUUAAAAUUCUCUGACUUAGAAAAUAUCACGACAGAAAUAGACAGCGUUAGGAACAGGAUUAAAAUUGACUUGAACACAUCCAGGCGUACCCCUAAAAACUGGUGGAGUGAUGACCUCAAAAAACUGUACAGAUUACAUGUCGCUAAACGCAAAAAAGCUAAUCAUACUAACAAUGUUGAAGACAUGGAAGGGCCAAUUAUAGCAACUAGUGACUGGAAAGAAGCGGUGUAGGCGGCAAA